GUGGAACUCCGAGGGGGCGUCUCCGACCUUAGCGAGGGGGCGGUCGAGGCGGCUGGUUGUAGGGAGGAGACCGCAGCGAGGACCCCGAUGCCGACCGGCGGGGCUGUAGAUGGCUUCGCCUGGAGGCGACGACUGCGGGGGCACCACGCCCGAGGCGGACCGGCCUCACCAGCGGCCCUUCCUCAUCGGGGUGAGCGGCGGCACCGCCAGCGGCAAGUCCACGGUGUGUGAGAAGAUCAUGGAGCUGCUGGGCCAGAACGAAGUGGACCACCGGCAGCGGAAGGUGGUCAUCCUGAGCCAAGACCGGUUCUACAAGGUGCUGACGGCGGAGCAGAAGGCCAAGGCCCUGAAGGGCCAGUACAACUUCGACCACCCAGAUGCUUUUGACAAUGACUUGAUGCACAAGACUCUGAAGCACAUUGUGGAGGGCAAGACUGUCGAGGUCCCAACCUAUGACUUUGUGACCCACUCCAGGUUACCGGAGACCACGGUGGUGUACCCGGCGGACGUGGUGCUGUUUGAGGGCAUCCUGGUCUUCUACAGCCAGGAGAUCCGGGACAUGUUCCACCUGCGCCUCUUCGUGGACACGGACUCCGACGUCAGGCUGUCGCGGAGAGUUCUCCGGGACGUGAACCGCGGGAGGGACCUGGAGCAGAUUCUGACCCAGUACACCACCUUCGUGAAGCCAGCCUUCGAGGAGUUCUGCCUGCCGACGAAGAAAUACGCGGAUGUGAUCAUCCCCCGAGGGGUUGACAAUAUGGUCGCCAUCAACCUGAUUGUGCAGCACAUCCAGGACAUCCUGAACGGGGACAUCUGCAAGUGGCACCGCGGAGGGGCCAACGGGCGCAGCUGCAAGAGGACGCUUCCUGAGCCCGGAGACCACCCUGGGGUGCUGGCCCCCGGCAAGCGGUCGCACCUGGAGUCCAGCAGCAGGCCACACUGAGGAGGACACGCACCUCCCGCAGGCCCCGGAGGUGCCCCCUGCCCCCAAACACCUGCGGCUUCCUUCCGCCUCUGGGACGGCCCAUGUGAGAGUCCGUGUCCUCAGUGCCGGGACCCUGGACAAGUGGUCCCCCCAACCCUCGUGGUGCAGAGGGUGGGAGGCCAGGUCACUGAGCGAUGCCGCAGGGCGAGUGGCAGCCUGUGAUGCUCGCUCGGGGAGGCGGGGCCGCGCUGUGGGAGGAGGAGGGACACCGGGACACCGUGUUCAGUGUAUGACCGUAGUCUCACAGAGUCCUUCUGGUAUGAUCAGUUCUCACACGUGUGCGAUGGAAAGUGACAGUACUUCCCCUUUUUAUGUUGUACGUCCCACGUUGUGUCUCCUAACACCGUGUAGUGUGAGCUAGUAACCCAGUUUCAUGACCCACAGUGGGUGUUGGUCCAGCCUGGGACGCACUGGCUGAUGUGAGGACCGGGGUGCCUCCUUUCUCCUAGCCUGGGCUCCAGGGCAGGGCAGGAGGGAGCCUGGGGUGCAGGUAUGUUUUAACCAGCACCAGCAGGAAGCAGGGAUGUCUACUCGCCCAGCCCCUACUGGGGAGUGUCCACCAGGGACCCUGAGCCUGGGUGCUGCCCCAAGGAGUGUGCUGGACCCUGAGGCGGGAGUGAGUGCCAUGGCCCAAAGCCAGCCCACCUCCCUCCCCGUGUGGUGGCCACGUGUUAAAGGGUCCUGCCCCAUCACUGCUAACCUGCGAGGCAUUCUGGGUUCUUUCUAUGGAGUAGUAGCUGGUCACACAACUCCUGACAUGGGCCAAGCCGUGGCCAGCUGCUGGUGACUGCGACAGUUUUGUCACACAUGUCGUGACCUUUGGGGAGAGAAUCAAUAAAUAACCAAUAUGAA